AUGGACUCUUACUGUCCAGUCUGUGAAAGAGCGGAGGAGACAACAUACCAUGUGCUAUGGCAAUGCCCUGCGGCCAGGAACGUCUGGAGUGUUGGGUGUAUUAAAUUCCCGAAAAGCUGUCUUGAAGGGCCGUCUUUCCUUCAAGUGGUGGAGGGAAUGUUGAAGAGUUGCGACCAGAUGGAAUUUGCUCAGUUUGCAAAUAUUGCUCGUCGCAUUUGGCUUUGGCGAAAUGAGAUGAUUCACGGUGGUGAUUUUCUACAUCCCAACAUUUUAAUCCAGCAAGCCACAAGGGCAGUGAAUCUGUUUCACCUGGUGUGGGAUGAGGUGGUACUGCAGGAGUUUGUUUCUGACGCUCCUACCCAAUGUAAUUGGAAAAAUCCUCCAAUCGGGUGGUUUAAGGCCAACUGGGAUGCCGGCGUUAAUCAACACUCAGGCCGUGUGGGUCUUGGGGUUGUUAUAAGGGAUCAUCAAGGCAAAAUGUGGGUGGCAAAAAGUAUGACUCGAUUGGGUUUUUUGGACCCAACAUUAGCCGAAACUAUGGUGGUUCGGUUGUGCACUAAGAUGGGGAUGAAGCAGGUCCAACUGGAGGGAGAUGCGAAGGUGGUCGUGGAUGCUGUGAAUUCCCUGCUGCUUGAUAAGAGUGCAACGGGACUCCUCACGGAAGAUUUGUGUAUAGCUCUAUGUUCCUUCUCGUCGUGGGAGCUGGGGUACGUUCGCAGGGAAGGUAAUAAAGUGGCUCAUAUACUUGCAAGUUUGGCUUUGCAAAAUGAGAUGGGCAGGGUGUGGAUUUAUGAACCCCCGGAUUGUAUACGUGAGACUUUGCAUGCAGAGGUUUUAGCCCUGCAGUGUAUGACUUUAAAGUCAAUGAAAAAGCGAUUUCUUCAAAAUAAUAAGUAA